AUGCAGUUUACUCUUCGAGUUGCACAAGUUGGAUUUCAGGAUUUGAUCCAGAAAUUGUUUCCAAAUACAAAGAAACCUCGGGCAAUUGACUUGAAUUGUCCGAUGAAUAAAUCCCAAAAUCACCCAAUUAAGGUUGUAGGUUCUAUUAAUGGAUUGAUAUCUCUUGCUAUUGAGGAAAAAGACUUGUUUCUCUGGAAUCCGUCAGUUAGUAAGCUCAAGAAUUCCUUAACUGGUCGAUUUACCUCAUAUGGUUUUGGUUAUGACGAGCUUUACGAUGAUUAUAAAGUAGUGGGUAUUACCAAAUAUCUGUGUUAUGAUGAUUCACGUUAUAAUGUGGGUAAAGUAUAUAGUCUAAAUAAUAAUUCUUGGAAACGAUUGGACGAUUUUCAGAUUGUGAUACAGUUCCCUAGGUCAGGUGUGUUUGUGAAUGGAAAACUUCAUUGGACUAAUACUGCUAAGCGUUUUGGUUAUCAUAAUGAUUGGGACAUCAUUUUUGUUGACUUGGCUGAUGGGAGAUAG